AUGAAAAAAAAUAUUAUUUUUGACAAUAUAAAUUAUGUAGAGAAUAUUCAUAGAUUGCAGCAAUAAUAAACAAUUCAUAAAAAGGUAAAAAACUUGUUUAUCAAUUAGUAAUAAUUAGAUGAAAAAUCUUUAUAAUAAAUACAAUAACUCAAGUUUUUAACAUAAAGAUCUUGUUAACUAAGUAUAAUUUAACUCUUAGAAAUUUGUAAAUUAGUAAAUUUAAAAUUAACUUUCCAAAAUUAUAAAUGUUUAGAUAUGUAUGAUAAUAGAUUAUAAAGAAAAUCAUUAAAUUUGAUUAAUGGAAUUUAUUGA